AUGGCAACAUCCGGCUGGAAAGGGUUAAUAGAUUGGGAUUCAUCAACAUAUAAUGGUUUCAAUGGUUCGGCUUAUUACGCUGAUGAUUAUAUAUCAAUCAUUUAUAUGUUACUAUUGUCUCUUUGUACAAAAGAAGAAGAAGUUUCGUUAAAAGAAUGUACACGUUAUAGUGUUGCUGGGCGCUUAAUCGUGAAACGUCGAGAAUUUUUACGCUGUCAUCCUAAAGAAGUUAUUGAUCUUCUAUAUGAAAUUGAACGUGAACGUGUUAGUUUAAGAAAUAUAGAUAAUUUACAGAAUCGAUGUCAACAAAUAAUUGAAACAAUUAGGGGUGGCACAUUUUCUUUACUGAUGCGUUACUUUACUGAGUAA